UGUAAAAGCUAUUGGGUACCGUGUAGUUCAAAGAUAAACAAUUAAACAAAGCCAACCUUAGAGAUCUGCUCCCCUCUUCUUUACAAAGAAUGCUGCUCUCAUUUACUUCAUUUAAAUUCAAUAAAUAUUGAAUCUUUUUUUGUAAUAUGUGUACAACGAGCUAGUUGCUGCAAUUCUUGUGUUCUUUUUACGUAGAAGAAGUGGAAAAAAAAAAUGGGGAGUAAAUGGAGAAAAGCAAAGCUAGCAUUGGGUUUGAAUAUGUGUCUUUAUGUACCAAAGACACUUGAAGACUCGCCGGCGGUGGCGCUGUCCGGAGGGAGAUUUUCCGAUGCUGUUUCGUUGUCUCCGACGACCCCAAAUAGGAAUUCUGAUUGCCAUGUUGAUAUGCCCACUACCCCAACUCCCUCUUCCUCUGGUCUUCGCUUGCCUAAACAUAGCUCCAAAUCUUCCAAGAGUACUUGUGCAAUAUGUUUGAUGUCCAUGAAACCAGGCCAAGGUCAUGCAAUUUUUACAGCAGAAUGCUCACAUUCAUUCCAUUUCAACUGUAUCACUUCAAAUGUAAAGCAUGGGAACCAAAUUUGUCCAGUUUGCAGAGCAAAAUGGAAAGAGAUACCUUUUCAGAGUCCUCUUACUGAUAUGUCACACCCAAGGUCUCGGAACGGACAUGUACAUUGGCCUCAAGAUGAUGCCUGGAUGACAGUUGUAAGGCGGCUCCCACCUGCUCGAUUGGAUACCAAUCGCAACAUCUCUACACUUUUUCAAGUUGUGGAACCAGGUGUCUUUGAUGAUGAUGAAGUAGUUGAUCACCAACCCAUCGGCAGCCAGAGAAGCUCAUCAACUGAUGUGGCUAAUCAUCAUUCCGCGGAUGCAAUAGAAGUGAAAACAUGGCCGGAGAUUUCUGCAGUUUCAAAAUCAGCUUCUCACACAAAUUUUGCUGUUUUGGUGCAUCUCAAAGCCCCGCACGCUAUUGACCUCCUACAGUCUGGGGUAAACCAGAGUGAGAUGCCAGUUACAGGUCAUAAUUCCCGAGCUCCAGUUGAUCUUGUCACUGUUCUUGAUGUUAGUGGCAGCAUGGCCGGUACCAAGCUUGCUUUGCUAAAGAGAGCAAUGGGAUUUGUUAUUCAAAACCUUGGCCCUGCUGACAGGCUUUCUGUCAUUGCCUUCUCUUCUACUGCUCGUCGUCUCUUUCCUCUUUGUAGGAUGGGUGAUACAGGUAAGCAGGAAGCGCUACAAGCUGUGAAUUCACUCAGUUCCAAUGGUGGGACAAACAUUGCCGAGGCCCUAAAGAAGAGUGCCAAAAUCAUGACAGAUCGCAAGUGGAAGAAUCCAGUUAGCAGCAUAAUAUUGUUGUCUGAUGGACAAGACACGUAUACUAUUAACAGUCCUAGUGGAGCUACUACACAGAUUAAUUAUCAGUCAUUGCUUCCUGUUUGCAUGCAGCGUAAUGCAGCUUCAGGCCUCCAUAUUCCAGUGCAUGCAUUUGGUUUUGGUGCUGACCACGAUGCAGUCUCAAUGCACUCAAUCUCUGAAACUUCAGGCGGAACAUUUUCCUUCAUAGAAGCUGAGAGUGUUAUUCAAGAUGCUUUUGCUCAGUGCAUUGGCGGCCUUCUAAGCGUGGUGGUCCAAGAGUUGAAUGUGGAAGUUGAAUGCGUUCACCCUGUUUUGCGUCUCAGUACAAUAAAAUCUGGAAGUUACAAUGCCAGUUUAACAUCUGAUAACAGAAGAGGCACCGUUAAAGUUGGCGACUUAUAUGCAGAUGAAGAAAGAGAUUUCUUGGUCAUGAUUGAUAUUCCUGCUGAUAGGUCAAGCAAUGAUUUUAUGACCCUUGUAAAAGUUAAGUGUACAUAUAAAGACCCUAUAUCGAAAGAUUUAAUAACCUUGAAUCAUGCUAGUGAUGUCAAAAUUGAGAGGCCCGACACAAUUGGAAAACUUGUUGUGUCAAUGGAAGUUGACAAGCAGCGUAAUCGGCUUCAAUCAGCAGAAGCAAUGGCAGAAGCAAGAGCUGCAGCUGAAAAUGGUGAUUUAGCAGCUGCAGUAUCUGUUCUUGAGCAUUGUCGAAAGCAAUUAUCAGAAACUGCGUCUGCUCAAGCUAGAGACAAACUAUGUCUUGCACUGGAUGCUGAGCUGAAGGAAAUGCAAGAGAGGAUGGCAAAUCGUCGUGUUUAUGAAACAUCUGGUAGAGCUUAUGUUUUGUCAGGACUAAGUUCACAUUCAUGGCAGAGGGCAACGGCUCGUGGUGAUUCCACUGAUAGUACAAGCCUGAUUCAGGCUUACCAGACACCAUCUAUGGUUGACAUGGUUAGCCGAUCACAAACAAUGUACCUCGGUAGUCCUGCUCCUCGACCUCCUCUAAGGCCAGUGCGAUCAUUUCCUGCACGACCACAGCCUAGGUGAUCCUCGACACCUUUCCUUCGUGCAAGUUUUGUAUUUCUCCUAUUUCAAUCUUUUGGGUUUUGGGAAAGCAUGGGCUAAAUGGGAAAUGGUUUCGACGGUCUACAGAAGGGAAGGGGUAUAUUUCUAGUAGAAUGUACAUUAAUAAAGAAGAUUUUGGCUAGAAAGGUGGGAAAAACAAAAGAGAAAUAGCCUAUAAGUUGGCUUCAAGAGAAAUUGAGUGAGGGUUAGAACUAAAUCUUUGACUAUUAUGGGUGUAUAAGGAGAAAUUUUGUGUACCCUUUUGGUGAAUUUUGGGGUAUAGUCCAUUGUAAUUGUGGGUAUACGGGGGUGUUUCUUGAAUUACAUAUGAAUUUUUUUUCUUCACUAUC